AUGUUACACAAUCCCAUUAUUGAAUUUGACCUUGAACCUCCAGCUUACCGACAAAUAACAAAUAUUAUUCGUAAAAUGAAAACAUCUGGCUCACCUUGUCCUCUAGAUCAGAUCUCCAUUAUAAGUUUUAAGCGUUGCCCAUACCUCCGAACAUAUUUAACCGAACUAAUUCAAGCAGUCUGGCUUUCUGGAUCUGUACCUGACGAAUGGAAGAAAGCUUGUACUAUAUUAAUCAACAAGAAAAAUGAUGCUAAUCUCCCCCGAGAACUUCCGUCCAAUAACUCUUCAAUCCGUACCACUGAAAGUAUUCACUUCAAGUCUCCGUAA